GUGGUAGAUACCAUAUAGUCAUGCAUGCUCAUGCGUGCGUGUGUGCAUGGAGUCGAGUCGUACGAGUAUUGAUUCGAUCAGCAACGAUCAGCAACGACCAGCAAGGCAUAGGCAAGGCAGGGCAAGGCAGGGCAUAGCGGCAGGGGGGACAAACGGGGAGCGGAGCGAGCAAAGCGAGCGGAGCAAGGGAGUAGGGGGACAAUUCCUUAAGGCAGGCAGGCAGGCAGGAACAAAAGGAAGGGGGAUUACGCUUACGUAUGCAUACGUUCAUACGUACAUAUACGUAUACGCGUCCGUAUACAUCACGUGCGUGCAUUGCAGCCGAAAAAGAGAAAAAGAUGGGAAGAAGAAGCAAAGCAACAAGGACAAGGACAGGGAAAAGAAUAGACGAGGACUCGACCGCCAGAAACACAAGACACCACAGCCGCCACGUAUAUAUAUGGUUGGAGUGGAAGUCAGUCACUCGCUCAGUCGGCGUCGCCCGUGUUGUUGUUCGUGGCGGUGGCGUUGGUGCCGUUGUCGGCCUCAUUGGUCCGAGUGGUCACACUCUCCUCCUCGACCUCCAUCUGGGUCGCAUCCUCACUCUCAACCCCCAUGCCACCAGACGACGACACUCCGUUCAGCAACGGCGCAGAUGAGGCAGAUGACGAAGCCGCAGCGGCAGCGGCAGCCGCUGCUGCUGGGGCUGGGGCUGGUGCAGCGACGGGGGCCGGUGCGGGUGCAGACGACGAGGCAGAGGCAGACGCAGAGGCAGACGCAGAUGCGGGUGCAGAGCUGGACGUGGCGGCCUCUGGCUGCUGGGGAGUGGGUGGGCCGGGCUGGUUGACGUUGAUGCUGGGGCUGGGUGCGGCCCCGUUGAGGUUGCUCGUGUCGUCGGUUGUGCCCUUGACCCCCGCACUGGCGUCGCCGUCAGAGUUGCUGCCUGACACACUCGGCUGGGGAGCCUCCAGCCCACCCUGUACACACGCGCGCAGCCAACCAGAGAGAGACACGUGUGUGUGUGUGUGUGUGUAUGUGUGGGGUGAGAGGGGGUGGCUCACCUCAGCAGCAGCGCCGGCAGCUCCAUUGGGGCCGUUCGGCAGUUGUGGGUUGGAUGGGAGGAGCCCUUUGGCGGCGCCACCGGGGUCCAUGCCGCCGAUGAGACCCGCCAGAGACUUGGUCGAGCCGCUUCGGACAACCUGAUCAGAUACAUACAUCCAUACGUCAGUCAAAGACAUAUAUGUGGAUCGAUGGAUGGCGGCUUUGUCUGUGUGUGUUGUGUGUACCCAUGAGGCCACAACACUGAUGUCGUCCAUUUUGCCGCCCUGGUAGUGAGUGCCGUGCUGCAACACACACACACACACACAGAGGCGCAUGCACAGGUGUGCGUGCGGUGUUGGGUGUGUUUCGGUGUGUGUCUACCUGUCUGGCAUGUCUGGCGAAUGGCGAUUUGGCCUUGGCGUCCAGCGACCGGUGGUACGCUGCCUGGGCUAUCGCGGCAGCCACAUUCUAGACGCAUGACAAUGACAUAUCACACACACACACAGACGCCACAUAGGUUUGUGUCUGCCUGACUUCAUGCACGUGUGUGUGUGUGUGUGUGUGUCUCACUCACCUCGGGUGAGGUGAUGAGUGAAGCGUUCUGGAGGAGCGAUGCCUCGAAGGGCGACAUAGUCAGGUUAGCCAACGCGCAGAUCUCGUGGUCAAACAAAUUGUCAAACACUCCUGCGCGAAACAACGCACAGACACACAGAAAGCAAGCGCAUCAGUCAGCCACCUUGAUAUGGUAUAGAGGCAAGUUGGUGUCAGGGAAUGUGGGUGGGUUAGGUAGGUACCGUCGGUUCCCAUGAGUAUGAGGUCUCCCUCCUGCAGGGCCGUGGUAUAGCCGUUGGCCAUCGACGGCGUAUCCUGCGGCAACAAACACGACUGCUUCAACACCCUACAAACACAACAAACACGUCACAGAGAGAGACUUGAGACCCUUGCCCGGAUUCACUGGUACUGACUGAGUAGGUAGGUACCUGACGAGGGUCUGUUUUCCCUCGUUGAGAAGGUCGUCAUAGUGCUCCGGCUGCGGCAGUCUUGACAGCUGGAACGGGCAGUUGAACGUGUGCUGCUGCUCCUUGGUGCGGAGCACACACGACAUCUUGAAGAACCGCUGCCGACGCAGCACCAUGCACGUCGAGUCACCCAAAUUAGCAACGCCCAGCCGCUGACCUGCACACACCACACACACGCCAUACCAUACCAUACCAAACCACACACACAAAAAGAGAAAUCCGCGUCUGCCUGGGUGGGGUGGGUAAGGUGGUCGUGUGUGUGAGAGGUGACGUGAGGUGUACCUCGCUCGUCGAGGCAUGCGACGAGUGCGGUGCUUGAGCCAAAGGCUGUGGUUGUUUCAUAGCCCUGAGACAGGAUGUUCUGUGCACGCUGAGACGGCACACCUGCACACACACACACACACACGCAAGGCCACCCAUGCGCACCCAUGUGUGUGGGGUGGGGGCGGUUGGGAGCUGGUCAACUGACUGACUGACAGACUGACUGACCGUCCGGCGCGUUGUCGAUGGAAGACUUGGCGCAUCCGCGCAUGAGUUGUUCGGCGAACAGCCGAGGGUUGAGACCAAACGAGUCCCACUCACCCACUCCGUCAGCAACGCCCAUGCAACCAGUCGCAGGGCUGAUCAGAUAGAUAGAGGGAGAGCGACGUGGUGUGUAGGUGGGAUGGGUGUGUUGAUGUCUGUGUGUCAAGCCUACAGGUAGAAGAACGCGUCGGCGCCGCCCGUGGCGGCCUUGUCGGGAUGGGGAAUCAUGAACCCUGAGAGCGAGCGAUGGCACACAAACACCACACCACACCACACCACACCAUGUCAUGUCAUGAGAGGAGAGGAGAGGCGGCCCCCCGUCUCGAUCCCAUCAUCGUGGAGUGGACGUACCUCCGCACAGCAGUCUCAGGUCGGUGGUGGCGCGCACGUUGGGCAGCUGCAACUCCUGCAGGUAGGCAGGCAGGCAGGCAUGAGCCACACCCCCACAGCACAGCACAGCGCAGCACAGAGGGUUGAUGCAGAAAGGUUGGGUGUCCGUCCUUCCACUGCCACUGCCACUGCAGCUGGUGGCUGGUGUGCUGUGUGUGUGAGCUGAGUGCCUGACUGCCUGACCAGGUAUAUGUCCGGUGAGUGGAGGUGUUCCAUGACGGCCACCGGCCACCCGGUCACACUCAUCGACGCAACGCGGCGCAACCUGCACACACACAACACACACGGGCGCACAACAAACCGAUGGACGUUUGUUGUGUGUGUUGUGUGUGUGGUGUGGUGCUGUAGCAUUCUAGCAUACGUCUCUGGGUCUCUCUCUUGUGUGGCGAGUCCGUUCUCUGAGAGAGAUCUGGGCAUGUUGCCGUGGGCGUCGUCAUGGAGCUCGCCCUCCUGCGAUAUCAGAGACUCACUGUCGUCAGUGCCAUACGGAACUGCCAAAUGCGGACCUGACACAGACAGACCAUUGCAAAGCAUCGCACAGCGUCAGCGUCUGUGUGUGUGGCUUGUGUGGUUCGGUCGGUCGGUCCGUCGGCUGGCUGGCUGGCUGGCUGCCCACCUACCAUGUCCGCCGUGGUGUGGGUGUGGGGUUUGGUACUCCUGCAGUUCGGCCAUCUCCUUGCCUAUGCUGUUGCCGCGCUUCAUGCCCAAUAUGUCAGGGUCCUCUGCACCGACACACAAGAACACAAGACAUCACACGAGUGAGUUGUGGGCAGGUAGGUGUGUGGAGUGAGUGGAUGUGGGUCUCAGGUGUGGGUGUGUCUGUGUGUAUGCACCCGAGGUAGAGAUUCUGGGGUGUCUGUUGUGGUCGUCGGCGGGCCCCGCCGGGCGGGGGCUGCCCGUCACACUGUAACGACGAUGCGAAUCUAUCGAACUCUGAAAAACCGGCCAGACCAGAUCAACCGAUCGUAACACACAUACACAAGACCGAAUGAGUGCGUGUCUGUCUGUGAAUCUGAGAGUGUGUCAGAGUUCAUUCAUACCUUUGGCGGUGCGCUAUGCUCGUGUGGCGGCAGUGGGAGUGAGGGCGGGAUGACACUGCCGCCGCCCCCGCCGCCCGCUGCUGCCGCGGCGGCGGCAGAGGAUGAAGCAUGGAUGGAGGUGGGGCCACCGGCGGCCUGCUGCUGGUUGUUGUUCUGGUGCUCGUCCUCUGCCCACCGCCGCGAACGCUUCUUCAACAGACCUGGAUGCACUAUCAACACGUUGUUUGGGUUCCCCUGGUUGUCCUGCACACCCACAUCCAUCACAUCACAUCACACCACGUGUAUGCCUGGGUGGGCAGUGCGGGCACUGCUCUGCCGUGGGUACGUUCGUUAGUUACGUACGUUUUGCUGUGGCAUGGAUUCGUCGCAGUGCCACACGCCGUCGACGACAUACUUGAACUGGUAGAGGCCGGGCCGCACCCCCGGCAGGGCCUCUUGCAGCGACAACCAAAACACUCCAGUGCUGGGCCAAUGAAGGAUGGGAUGGAUGAAUGGAUGACGAUGACACACGUCAAACACAACACAACACAGUGAGAGAGGUGCAGAGAGAAGCGUGUGUGUGUGGAUGGAUGGAUGGAUAGAUGCCUAGAUACCUAGGGCACUUGAAGAGUGGGAGUCUGGCCCCCCAAGGGGGGUCGGUGAAGGCCCCCGCCACCUCGACGUAGUUGCCCGCCAUCACCCACUUCAACACUAUGUCAUUCCGACUAGAUAAAGCACACACAACAGACAGACAGACAGACGAUACACCGACAGUGUCUGUCUGUGUUGGUGCCUGCGGCUGUGUGACGGCGCCCCAAUCCCUCACUGAACUGACCCCGUGUCGGGCAAGAGUCGGAUGCGCGCAGUUUUGGCCGAGGGACUGCCGCCACCCCCAGGACUCCCACCGUACUCACUCCCUGACGAAAGACACGAUCAACCACAUUCACACACGAACGGCAUCCAUCGGGUCUUGCCCCACUCGGCCCUGCCCGCCCUCGUACGUGACUUCCGUCCUUACCCGAGUUGCGCGAAGAUGUGAUGCUGCCUGUCGAGCUCGUACCCGCCGUGGUCGACGCAUCAGUACCUGAACAGUCAGCACAACAUAGAUAUAUGACAUGGCACAACACAACACAUGCACCGGGAUCUGUCAUGAGUUGCGCUGGGUCACCCACCCACCUCUGGAGGUCUGUGGUUGCUGGUCGUGUGGAGCAGUGAGCUGUGCGCAGGGAGGCGGGGCGGACGGGGGAGGGGCCGACACAGGGGACGCAAUACGACCCGCAACUGACAACCGACACACAAACACACAAACGAAACAAACCAACGAACAAGCGGGAGUCAGUCGAGCCAGCAUGGCCAUGUCUGCCUGCACGGCCCACCCACCCCAUCCCCAACCUGCCGGCGAGGCGAUGCAUACCUUGUGCUGACGCCUGGAGUGGCUGUGCAGGUGCUCCAGUGCGCAGGAAUGUGGGCGUCAGCUUCUGGUCUUCAAGGGUCUCCGAGAGGCCCUUAUACCCUCGCCCUUCCGCUUGCUCGAUCCACAACUUGGCUCUAGCCAGACUCUGACCACACAGACAGACAGACAGUCAGACAAGCCGCUGUGUCGUCGAUCGGGUCAGCCACCACCCAUCGGUGGGUCCUCCUCUCCCUCCCUCCCUCCCUUCCUCCCUCCCCUGUGCCUGUCUGUUUGCCUGUCUGUCUGUCCGUCUGCCUGUGCGCAAAGUGACUUGAGGUGACUCGUUGACUGACCUGCUCCCGUGAAGGCGCCCUUUCGCGCCUGCUCGCCUCAAGUCGCCGCCUCUGCUCCCCCCUCCGCAUGAGACGGUAGCCGCAGAUUGCCCACUGCUGCAUCCAUCAAAACAUCAAUCGACAACACACAUCCCAUCGCAUCACAUCCACAGCCACCCCCCACUCCACACAGCACAGCACAGCACGGACAGGACCGGACGGCCCAGCCCGCCCCACACACGAAGCACACACGAGGGAGGGAAUUCCCCUCCCUCCACCGACCCCCUCGGUGUGCUUGUGCCCCCCUGACCCUCCCGUGGUGGUUACCGUGAUGUGGUCCGGGAAUCCGGUCUCAUUGGCCAUGUGUAGGAACAAACUCCUGGCGAUACGCGAAGAGGGGUCCUCGGGGCGGCAAGUGGGAGGCCUGGUCGGCAGGGGCGGGUUGUCGGGCAAAUGCUGUGGCAUCAUGCUGAAGGGUGGACUCUAUCUCAAGUACAGCACCAGGCUCUGCUUGGGGGACGCUGGGGCGUCGCUGCUUGUGCCGAUUGGAAGCCUG